AUGGAGUCCCUGGUUGAAGAACUGACCUGUCCAGUGUGCCUGGACCUGUAUGAACAGCCGGUACUCCUGCCCUGUGCACACAGCCUGUGUAAGAGGUGUGCUGGCCAAGUUUUUGUCUCCAGGAAGCCCCAUUCACAACAUGCUUGGCAAGGCAUGGCACCUAAGGAACAGCACGUGUGUCCCAGCUGCAGACACGAGUUCCAACUUCCCGGACUUGGAGCGGACGGACUUCGCAAAAACACUACGCUGCAGAACAUCGUCGACCGCUACCGGAAAGCAAAGAACAACACAGCGGUCCCAAAAGCGGUUCCCUGUGAGAUGUGCGACGGUGAGCCACCGGCCGAUGCCGUGAAAACCUGCCUGGUCUGUGACACCUCCUAUUGUGAAGCAUGCUUAUCGAAAUACCAUCCCAUGAAAGCAGGGCUCGCCAGACACGCACUGAUUGAAGCAUCGGCAGCAACUCCCAAAGUGCUGAUGUGUACAGACCACGUUCAGGAGAAGGUGAACAUGUACUGUAAGACAGACGAGUGUCUUGUCUGCUCUCUGUGCAAACUGGUUGGAAAACACAAGGACCACGAGGUCGCCGCAGUGUCGGACACUUUCCAUCAGAAGAAGGAAUCUAUUGGCGGACGAGUCGCGGGUCUGAUUCAGCAAAACGCUGAAGUCGAGUGUUUCGUGGGUAAGAUCCAGGAGACGAUGACCAAAGCUGGGCAAAAUUGUGCUGGCAUUCAAUGGCGAGUGGAAGCGUUCGCUCAAUCCCUGACAACUGCUAUCAUGAAGAGGAAAAAUGAGCUCCAAAUGAGGGUCGCCAUGGAGAAGGAUCAGAAGCUGAAAACUUUAGGCCAGCAGCUCGGCCAGUGGACAGACACCGGGACCGGCAUCUCAGCUGCCAUUACAGAGGCUGAAGCACUUCUGAAUGAAGAGGACCCCAUCACUUUUCUACAGGCAUCUAAGGUAGUGGAAGACAGGAUCGCUACCUUCAAAUUCUUGGAGAAACGCAAGCUGAAGACCACUGAGCAGUUUAUCCACAACACCCUUGGGGUCUCCGACCUAGAACAAAGGGUGUCGUCACUGGACUUUAUGAAAGCUCCAGAACCGCCAAGGAUCCUGACCCAGCAGUGCACGGCUGGUCGUGACUACAUCACUGUCCGCUGGGCUGCAGGGGGAAAGACGCCUGUCGACACGUACAAAAUUUGGUAUGGAAAAUCAGACCAGGGCACAGGGUGGCAGCAGACGGUUUCCUCCACUUUCACAUCUCUCGCAAUUCAGAAGUUGGAGGAGAACACCUCGUAUGCAGUUGUUGUUGUCGCUAAGAACGCCAAGGGAACCGCAUCAUCCCAACGAGUGGACAUCAAAACAAGACGUGGUAUCGUACUUGACUACGAUGGUGGUUCUAUCUCGUAUUAUGAUCAGCACCACAACCUCAUCAAGUCUCAGACCCAACAGUUUUCCGAACCGGUUUAUCCCUGUCUUGACGUGAAGGAUCAGGGAGGCAUCCUCAGUCUGGUGCAGGACUAG